AGAUGAAGAGUUUCCCUUCAAUCUCACGGCCGUGGAAGUUGCCAGCAUGAACCCGCAAGUCUGCGCCAAGCGGCUCUUCCGUCAUCUCCGCAAUCUGAUGGCUUGUGACCAGCUCGCAACCGCCCAUGUGGCCUUGCGUCUAUUUGAGUGGCUCAUGCCUAAGAAGUCCGCAACCCCAGAGCAACUCUCAAUCUUUCACACGAUCACCAUGGCACCCAUCACCGUUUCCAACUAGGAGUUGCAAAAGGUUAUGAAGAUGGAGCUGUCGACUCAAGAGUCCCAACCCAGCGAACCCGGCCAACAUUUCUACGUGCGUUCAUGGUGUCUGACUUCCCAAGAGCUCGAAGCUGUUGUCACCAUCCUCGAAAAGCCUGACCUAGUCUGGCCCCAAGUCCGCAAGUGGCGCCAGAUCCUGGACGUGCAUGCUCUUGAUGGCAUUGGCUCUCAGGCAACGUACACUAUCCGAUAUCUAGGGACAUGCGCUUCGCCAUCGCGACCGAUUGACCGACACAUCCAAGACCUCGUGUCUCCGACGGCGGCCUUCAUUCAGAGCUUUACUGGCGCGUUGCGUGAUGCAUUCCCCGACUGGAAGGACUCUGCACAAGUCCAUCGCCUCCCAGAUGCCCAUAUCCCUCCCACAUCUCUCUUAGACGCGGAUGAGCUCGAGCGGCUGCUCAUUGCAUUCUUCGACCGAUCUACUCUCCUCAAUCGCCAGCCGGGUGGCUUUCAUGUAAGCUACGUCUCUUUUGAAGAAGAUGCACAGGGGUUUCGAGCCCUCAGAACCGAUUUCUGGCGUCUGUUCCAGACAAAAGCCAGACAUUCUGCCAACGUAACCCUGGCAUUGGCUGCACAUUUCAAUCAAGUUCAAUCCUGGGCGAAUAGCAACCCUCUCGAGAGCGGUACGCACAUCGGUAAGUUCUCCGACCGACAACGCCUCAUGAUUCAGCAAUCCGCCACUCCUCUGAUGUAUGAAGACAUGUGUGUCAUGGUCUUCAUCGGAAAAGACCAAACUCUGGAAGAGUACCGGUCAUGCGACGCUUUCAUUACGGGUCCCAGCAGGGCCGGUGGUUUCGCUCGGAGUCUAUUGCGCCGCAAUGUGCAACUGGAGGCUCAAGGAACUCAACUCCACCCUUCCCCAAUGCAGUCUUUCAACCCCACCAAUGGCCCGUGGUGCUUCGUAGACUUGUGGCCAUGGCUGCGCCACACAAACAUCUCACAGGCGAAGCAUUACUUGCAGGCGUACCUUGGCAUCGUGCAACCGAUAAUUGCUGUCUCGUUCAGCGGUGCAGUGAACCGCAUCACCCGCGCCAACUUCAUGGAUGGUCCAAAUAUCUUGCGGAAUAUUUUCGGUACUGUAAUUGGUGAAGGCACCAUCCAAUUCUCCGAGUACGACCAUCAAAGUCAGGAGUUCACUGCAAGCUCUGCGUUCAUCAACAUCCCGCAUAUCGACCCUGGCUACGCAAAGCAUCAUUCACAGCACCCAAAGUACAUGCGAAUCGUUGAUAUGACCAUGCAGUACACUUUCCUGGUUGGCAAUAUUGCUUUGCAGUUCAUAGACCAGCGCCAUUUCGGCAACCGCCUCGAGCUCUGCCGAGCAAUACUUGACCAUGUCGCUACGCUACGCGAGACAUCUCCACCGCACAGACGUUUCCUGUCACAGCUACGACAAGCUCGAGAUGAAUACAUAGCUUUCUCGUACAAGGAGACGGCGAACCCUUCCAAUGAUGUCAAACAUAUUGAGCGACCCAACUUUGAUCGACUUCGUCCGGAAGACUGCGACCCCGAUACUUGGUUUGAUGACCCUAAGUCACGCCGUGACGCUGCGCAAUGUGCCGGCCUCUACACAGCGCAAUCCCGCGAUGCUCCGAUCAACCACAAACCGGAAGUAUUCUUGACACCGCAAGAAUGUCAAGGUCGCCUCAUCAAGGUCGGCAAGAGGGGGUUGUUUUCCAUUCCAUGGAAGAGGAGCUCGGAUGGUGCGCUCAUUUCCACGAAAAUGCACACGGGAUUCCAUGAGGCUUGGGAACAACGUCAUUACAUGUUCUUUACGAAGCAUGGGAUAGACCUUGUGAAGCCCAGCGGUGAAGUCAUUCGACGAUUGCGUGGACCUCUCCAGAACGGUGUUGUCACAAUAGAGGCGGCGCAAUUCUCGCUCCAGAAGGAUGCCCAAGAACUCUGGAUGACGGCAUGCCGUGCACACGGUUUGGCUUUGGAGAAGGACGUUGGGGACGACAAUACUGGAGAUGGUGAUCCGUGGGAAGGUGUUGACGCUGGUGUGCCUUUGCUAAACGAACGUGCCAUGACCGAGACCCCGAAGCAAAACAGGCCACCAUUGCGCGAGGAUGCAAAUUGGCUGCUCAACGAAUUCAUUUGUCAGACGCCACACUUAGCCAACGGCGGCACAUUUCGUACAGGUACUGUUGAUCGAUUUCCCGAUUCGACGGAGGACCUGCAGAGAUUCGUGACAUUCUUGAAGCAGCCCCAAUACCGCAAUCACCCGUACGCCCCAAAGUGGUUAUUCUAUUUCGACAGGGACGUUCCGAAGACCCAAACACUCGCCAAAAAUCUGCCCAUGCUUCGCGCCACAACCAAGACUCGAAUUCGAUUCAGUUCGACUACCAUGCGUAUCCCCACAAUGGCAAAGCACAAGAAGAGCUCGAAAGGCAUUCGAGUAAACGAGACAAGGUUUGAGCUUGGUGGGCCAGGAUCAGCGAUGGCGAAUCCAUUCUCCGCUGGCUCUGGACAAUCGUGUGUUACAGUGGUGUAAGUCAGAUACCAGUAAAAAAACCAUACCGUCGUUGAACUAAUUCGCCCAAUAUAGGGAAGCAAGGUCUGGAAAGAAGAGGAAGAUUCCUGACGACGAGGCCGAAGAUGAUGCGGAACUGG